UCUGAAAGGACGCAAGCCGCCUUCAAGUACGCCGCAAGCUGUGGGCGGCGGCACCCUGCGCCUGAUGACCUGGUGCGGCUCCAGGCGUCGCCCCUGCCCAAACAGUGCCUCUGCGACUCCGCCCCCUUGCUCGAGAAGGGAGGGCGCAAGCUCACCGUCGAUGAUGUCAUUGCCAUCAUGGAUUUGCUGCGAUACCAGGUCGGUGCCCCCUUGGAUCUUCAGUUCAGCUUGCGGCCAAGCGGAAGAGAGCUACUUGUCUAUUGCCGGGACCUCAAGGCUGAUGAAGGGAGACUAGACAUUUCCAACACCACAAGCUCCGAUGGCUUCAAAAUGUUCACCAUCAAUGUCGAGCGUCAUGGAGACCACUUCGCGGCCCUGCGGUCUCCUCACGAGCACAGAUCCAUGAUCUCAUCUUGUUUGCAGAAAGUCGUGAAAACCGCCAAAGCACACUUCGGCUCUGCGGUCAUGAUCUGUUCUGGCGAUGCCUGCGAAUACACUGGGUCUCUCAGGAUGAGGCUCCACGACAUGAUCCACGGCUUCUAUCUCAAAGUCUUCGCCAUGCUACCCUCUACGUGGCUCCACCUCAUCCCCCACAUCCUAUUUGCUGGCCACUGCUAUGGCCCCAUGGACCCUGUCUCCAACAUCAUCAUCAACUCCAUUUGCCACCACAUACUGCGCCCGCUCCCAUCGUCAGCUGACUGCAAAGUAGAGGUGUAUGACAUCCUCGACACCCUCUCUAUGCUUCGUGUGGAGGUCCGUUCCUUGGAAGGCCUCAUUGCCCUCGUCCGAGCAAGCUCCGAGUCCCAAUGCUCGACGCAGUGGGCGAUGGAGCACCUCUCCUGCAAACGCUGUGACCUGUCCCAGGAGACGCACACCUCGCUGCAGUUUGCUGACGCAGCCGCAGCCGCUCGACACCCACAACAUGCUGAGCUGGGAUCAUUCUUCGCUUCCCUGGCGCCCGACAGGCUCAUUGACCUGCGGCUCUUGCUGGCCACUAGCGCCGAUGGCAGGAUCUCCUCUGAGUCUCUUGGGGAAAUAAUAUCCACUCUCAAACAAAGUGCACUGCUGUUGGUGGCUCCCGUAUCUCCCAAUGCGGCUGAACUGUGCAACGAGGCUAAGGAGACUCUGCUACAGAAG